GAGGGGGCCGGGGCCGGACGGCGGACGGCGGUUUUCGGGUUUUACAUUCGUAUUACACGGCGCGCACAAUAUCGGUGCCUUGACGGGUUCCGCUGCCCCGAGGCAUCGGCCGGCAGCGGCACUGCGGCAUGUGGGCUGCUCGAGUCGUCGCGAGCAAGCGACGCGUCCACUGAUGCGCGGACCAAGCCUCCCUUGACGGCACCCAUGCGCCUCACAGUACUCCUCGUCGGGGGCGCGGCCGCGGCGGCGCGCCCGGCGAUCUUCGUGAAGCGCUCGAGCGGCCACAGCGGGUCCAAGUGGAUCGCGACGACCUUCGCCGCGCACAACGUGUCGACGUUCUUCCAGUUCGGCGGCGUGUGCGACGGGCGGUGCUGCCGCACGCCGUCGCCGGAGACCCAGGCCCUUGCGCUCGCGGACCGCGUGGAGGCGCUGCGCCGACUCUUCGCGACGGGCUGCGCGUGCCUCGGCGCGCCCGGGCGGACGACGGCGGACGACGGCUGCGAGAACUGCGGCGGCGGCCACGCCCUCGCGCCGCCGGACGCCACCGCGGCCGAGCGGAACUGCCGCUGGAACGCGUACUGCCGCGGCUGCCCCGGGUCACGGAGCGCGUCCUGCGCGGGCGUCGCCGCCGUCGCGCCCGAGCCCGACGACGCCGACACGCUCCCGGCGCUCCCGCGCGCGCGGCGGCACAACGCGUACUUCCGCGCCGUCGCGGCCGCGCUCCCCGCGGUCCAGUUCGUGACGUGGGACCGCGCGAACGUCGCCAAGCACGCGCUCUCCUACCUCAAGCACAACCACGGGUCGGCGUGCACCCUGGCGGCGCUGGCGAACCACGCCCACGCGGCGGCGGCGGCGGCGGCGCCGCGCGCGUUCCUCCACGUGGCGCCCGCCCGGUUCCUGCAGAAGGCGACCGAGAAGGCCCUCGGGCGGCUCGGCCUGGCCGUCGCGUUCGAGGGCGUGCGCGUGGCCUUCCGCGCGCGCUACGAGGACUUCCAGCUCGACGCGGCCGGGGCCACGCGCGAGUUGUUCCGCGCCCUGGGCCUGCCGCCGCCGGCGCCGAAGCGCGCGGACCUCGUCAAGCUGACGCCCGAGGGUCUGUCAGACCUCGUCGUGAACUUCGACGAGGUCGCCGCGCUCUUCGCGCCCUGGCCGUGCCUCGCCGCGCAGCUCCACUCGGCGAAGCCGGAGCUCUUCGCCGCGUGCGCGUCGCGCGACCUGCCCGCGCCCCGCAACCUCUCCCAC